AAACUAUCACGGAUUGGGUAAGUGGAAGUAGUGGGGCGGGGAAAUCGGCGCAGCGGUUCCACGCAUGCCCGAAGCGUACGCGGUGACGGCGGCGACGACAGUAAUGAUGGCGGCUUGCUGCGUGAGGCUAGUGCGGCGAAAUCUCCCGGCUUUGUCGUACCUCAGGCCCUCUCUGCGGCUGCUGUGCACAGCUGCGAAACAGAAGAGCAACAGCUCCAGCCUGGAGGAGGGUGUGCAGCCCAGUGAGCAGAAGUCAGAGCCUCCCGCUCCAGACAAGGUCCUCCUGGAAGAGAAGGGCCGGUUGGAAGAGCAGCUCAAAGAGACCGUGGAAAAAUAUAAACGAGCUUUAGCAGAUACCGAGAACUUGCGGCAGAGAAGCCAGAAACUAGUAGAGGAGGCAAAGUUAUAUGGCAUCCAGGGAUUCUGCAAGGACUUGCUGGAGGUGGCAGACAUUCUGGAGAAGGCCACCCAGAGCGUCCCGGAAGAAGAGAUCAGCAAUGAGAACCCGCACCUGAAGAGCCUGUACGAGGGGCUGGUGAUGACCGGGGUGCAGAUCCAGAAGGUGUUCACAAAGCAUGGUCUGCUCAGGCUGGACCCCGUCGGAGCCAAGUUUGACCCCUACGAACACGAGGCUCUGUUCCACACUCCCAUGGAGGGGAAGGAGCCAGGCACCGUGGCGCUGGUCAGCAAGGUGGGCUACAAGCUGCACGGGCGUACCCUGAGGCCUGCCCUGGUGGGGGUGGUGAAGGAAGCCUGAGAGGCGGGCUCACCUUCUCCUGCGCACACACUGCCCUGUGCCCCUCUGGGCGGAAACCGGGAGAAAGGCAGCUGAGCAGGCCGAGGCCAGCGCCCGGGCGGGCUCAGGAACUGAUUCGGGUCUGCUCAUUGCUUCUCUUCGCCACGCGUCACUGGUUCCGUGUACUCCCAGGAGGAGGCCGGGCCCUCUUGGUGUCCUGAGUAGCGCUGUACCUGCAGCUUCUGGUGAUUGCAAAUAAAAGGUCUCUGGGAAUUCUGCUGGCUGCCCGGCUGCGCCCAUCUGUGCCGCGCCAUCCCCUCUGCAGCACUGAGUCACUGGCCCUCCAGCCGCCACGCGGUGUCCUAGUGAGGAGAGGACACAUUUCUCGUGCUGGAAACUGCACUGACUUGAGAAUAGACAGUUCGGGUGUAAUUAGUGUCUAGCUGCUGCACGCGUCAGCCCUUGGCCCCUCUGUGGAGUCGGGAAGUGAACGUGCCAACUGUGAGGAUCUCAUCACCUUUAUCCUGCCACAGCCGAGUCUGCCCGUCAGCCCCCUGCCCCGAUGUUCCUCGCUGAGCUUCUGACCACCUCAGGGUGUGUCUCCAGUAAGGUGGACCUUCUCAGAACACCACCGCUGUCCAUGCUUUAUUUUAUUUAUUUUUGGUACCAGGGAUCAAACUCGGGACCUUGCACUUGCAAGGCAGGCGGCGGAACCACUCAGCUAAACCCCCAGCCCCAUGCUUCAUUUUAAAUUUUUAAGAGCGUUUAAAGCUUGCUGUUUCUUCUCCUGCUUUCUGGUUGUAAUCGAGUCCUUUGAUGGAGACCCUGAGCCCAUGGCCAGCAGGACAGGUCCCCCAUGUCCCAGCCCAGCCCUGAGCUGCAUGGUGCAGCCUCUUCCGCUGGGAGCCACAGCCAGAGCGCCCUGUCUGUGGGGGUGGACUGGGCUUUCUGGCCUCAGCCAUGGUCCUCAUUGACAUUAACAUCGAGGACCUGGGGCGAGGGUUGGGUGAGCAAGUAGGCAUCUCACAGUGAGAAAAGUAAGUUUCCACCGCCAGUGCUAGGAUGGAAGGGCAAUGCUAAUAAAUCCACCUACCGCCCGAGGAGGAUAGGACAGAGCCUAUGGAUUUUCCCUAACAAUUCGGAACGAUGCAAGUAAGCGCCAUAAUUAAAAUCUUCUGUUUACUGUU